GACCUCACGUCCUGAGGUGGUGAAGACACGUUUGCAGAGAGGGGUCUUUUCCCUCCGCCUUCAAAACGCUGCCUGUUGCAGGGCGCAAGCCUCCACUGUAGCGCGAUGAAAAUUAUCGGAUUCUUUCUCGUGGUCCUUUUGACAAGCACCACACAAAGCGUUCUUCCGUCAGGAACAAUGGUGAAGAAAGGAGAAAAGGUUGUCAUAGACUGCUCACUUACGGCAAACGAGGGGGUCUAUUGGUUCUUCCAGCCCGAAAACUCCAAGCUAAAAUUCCUGCUGUAUUUGAAUGGCGCAGGCCAAAUAAUUUUUAAAGAGUACGACAGGCUCGACAGCACGAGAUCCUUCACCAAGGUUUCUCUGAUCGUGAAUAAUUUCAUAAAGGAAGACUCGGGGAAGUAUUAUUGCGUUAUGGUGAGGAACAGGAAAAUGGAAUUCGGUGACAUGGUCGCUCGGUAUCUGGAAGAGAUUAAAACCACUCCGAAGGCAACAACGGCCGUUACUGCGACGAAAGUGACGACAACCACUCCAAGUGAAAAGACCUCGUGUGCACCAACCGAAUCACGGUUCGCGAAGAAUGAGGAUAAAAUGUCCUGCCAUUUAUUCAUCUGGGCUCCACUGGCGUGCGCCGCCUCGCUGUUGCUUCUCGCACUGAUCUUCGUCUCCGUCCGUUACAGUACAAGGCCCCGCCGGAGACGCUGUCAGCAUCAAUUCAGAAAGAGACCAAUACCUGAAGAUAUUCGAAGACCAUUAAAUAACUACCAUUAAAAAGUUAAUUCCGGAAAAUAUGCGCAGCGUGGAUGGAAUCAUCUCUCCGAUUUAGUAAACGGGACUGCUUUGGACUGAGCGUGCAACCGAUGGAAAUCUCCUCAGCCGGGCUUCGCGUAUGCACAUCAUUCAUUGGUUUCUCUUUUCGUUCUGUUUAAGAUUCCUCCAGCUAAAGGACACUAACGCUUGUUCCAUGAAUAUGCCGAUAAGUGGACCAAUGGUCAGUACUAUUGGAUUCCCUGAGAAGUGUUUAAGAAGGAAUUGUUUUAGCAUAUGAAGCUGUAUUUCCUUUUAGAAUAGUUUUGUUUUUUAUAAUUGUGAGAAAUCCCUGGGCAAAAUGCAAAUGUAUUAUUUCAGCUAUUGGCGCUGAACAAAGCGGGCCCCUUAGCAUUAUAUUCUGGGACCGGGUGGGGGCUGGGCAUUUCAUACCCGAUGGACCGCGUCUUAAACUUUGAGGUGAGUCCGCCAUUGAGUCGUCAAGUCACAAAACUCUGAUUUUAAAAAUGAAGUUGUACUAACAGGUGACCGAAAUAAUUGCUCUGCGGGGCUUUUUUGUCUCGGCACUUUAGAGAGUGGGGUCUUGUGAAUUGGCUCGGGGAACGGAGGGGCUGAGCUCAGAGAUCUGGAACCUACAACUUCCCCUCUGGCCCCGGAGUUGCCUCUUGACAGUGAAGCAGUCAGUCCUGGGGAGGGUUAAUGAGGGUCGGAAUAUCAGAACUUGUGACUUUCUGUAAAUAGAUUUCCAUUUCGUUCACAUCUUUGUAACAAACUGGAUUGACUGAGCUUCGCGCGGGGUUCACGGGCGCGCGGAAGAGGGUUGGGUCAACCAAGGUCGGGAAGAAUUCAGACCGAGAGAUAGCACCCGGUUGCGUCUCUAUAUCGUUAUUGUGUGAUUAUUUCAAUACAGCAUAACGCCGCAUUUUAGAAAUCGCUCUUUUUGCCAGGGCUUACGCGUUGUUUAAUAAUCGUUUUGACGAUUCGUUGGCAUGUGACCUGUAACCUGCUCGUUCCGGUGCUCGCCGAUUCUUGUCUUCUGGCUAGUUUGAAAUGAGUUAGGAUGUAGCUGUUGAGAUAAUAAACCGUUCAGUAA